CCAUCUUUCUUUCACCACCAAACCUCUGCACAUCCUCUCUACUCUCUCUCACCCUCUAGCAAAAAAGAUGUCAGGCAACUGUUACCCAAGAGAAAUCCACCACACCACUCCCUCGUUGCACCAUCGCCAAAACGACGCCGUCGUUGAUAGAGAGUAUUUGUUCGAGAAAUCACUAACACCAAGCGAUGUUGGAAAGCUAAACCGUUUAGUCAUACCGAAGCAACACGCUGAGAAACACUUCCCUCUAAAUAAUGCCAGCGAUGACGUGGCGGCGGCAGAGACGACGGAGAAAGGGAUGCUUCUUAGCUUCGAGGACGAGUCGGGAAAGUGUUGGAAAUUCAGAUACUCGUAUUGGAACAGUAGCCAAAGCUACGUGUUGACCAAAGGAUGGAGCAGGUACGUCAAAGACAAGCACCUCCACGCAGGGGACGUUGUUUUCUUUCAGCGGCACCGUUUUGAUCUACAUAGAGUCUUCAUUGGUUGGCGAAAACGCGGCGAGGUUUCGUCCCCUUCCACCGUCUCCGUCGUGUCUCAAGAUGCUCGAGUUAACACGACGACAUACUGGAGCAACGGCUUGACUACACCUUACCGUCAAGUACACGCGUCAACGAGCUCUUACCCUAACAUUCACCAAGAGUAUUCACACUAUGGCGCCGUCGCUGAGACACCGACGGUAGUUGCAGGGAGCUCGAGGACGGUGAGGCUAUUUGGAGUUAACCUCGAAUGUCACGGUGACGUUGCCGAGCCACCACCGUGCCCCGACGGCUACAGUGGCCAACAGUUUUACUAUUACUCAACUCCUCAUCCAUGGUAA